AUGUCUGCAAUGGAAGGAAAACUUUCAGUUAAACUUGAUGACAUUUACCUCGCUGUUCAUGAUGGAGAUAAUAAACAUUUUGCCAACGGUAUACUAAGAAGUGGAGAAUCCACUAAAACAUU